AUGUCACAAGAUCACUCAGUUUCAAAAAGACUACAAAGCGAAUUAAUGAAUUUAAUGAUGGGACCAAGUCCAGGUAUUUCAGCAUUUCCAGAUGGUGAUAAUAUAUUUAAUUGGAUUGGUACAAUUCAAGGAGCUAAAGAUACAGUUUAUGAACAAAUGGAAUUUAAGAUGUCAUUAAAGUUUCCAACUGAUUAUCCAUAUAAACCACCAACAGUUAAAUUUGAAACUCAAUGUUUUCAUCCAAAUGUAGAUAAUAAUGGUAACAUUUGUUUGGACAUUCUCAAAGAUAAAUGGUCACCAGUUUACAAUGUUAGAAGUUUAUUAAUCUCAAUUCAAUCCUUAUUGGGUGAACCAAACAAUGAAUCACCUUUAAAUUCAUAUGCUGCAAGCUUAUGGUCAAACCAAGAUGAAUAUAAAAAAGUUUUAGAUAAAAGAUAUCAAGAAGCAACUUCAAGACCAUAA